AACAAAACCCUGACCGGAGGAACUGGCCUCGUCGGUCACGGGAUUCGUUUAGCUCUGAACAGUCCAGAAUAUGAUCUAGCCCGGGAAAAUGAACACUGGGUGUUUGCUUCAUCGAGAGAUGUCAAUUUGACUGACCCACAGGCCACACAACAGUAUUUUGAACACAUUCGCCCGACGCAUGUAAUUCAUCUGGCUGCGAAGGUUGGCGGACUGUUUGCAAAUAUGUCCGGGAAUCUGGAAUUUUUUCGUCAGAAUGUGCUUAUCAACGAUAAUGUUUUGGCUAGCAGCUUCUCUGUUGGUGUCCGCAAAGUCGUGUCCUGUCUAUCUACGUGUAUAUUCCCGGAUCAAACAACCUAUCCGAUUGAUGAGACUAUGGUACACAACGGUCCGCCACACGAUUCGAACUACGGCUAUUCAUACGCGAAACGUAUGAUUGAUGUGUUGAAUCGGGCCUAUUCUGAACAGUACGGUGUCGUGUAUACAUCUGUUAUCCCGACCAAUGUGUUCGGUCCUUACGACAAUUUCAACAUCGAACGAGGUCACGUGCUCCCAGGUCUGAUACAUAAAGCGUAUCUAUCCAAAAAACAGAAUCAACCACUGAUUGUAUGGGGCUCGGGUACCCCGCUCCGCCAGUUCAUCUAUUCCGUGGAUUUGGGUCGCUUAAUCAUUUGGACAUUGCGCGAAUACAAUGACACAUCUCCGAUAAUUUUGUCCGUCCCGGAAGACCAGGAAAUCUCUAUUCGUCAGGCCGCGCAAGCGGUGGCUAAUGCAAUGGGUUGUACCCAGUUGACUGUAUCCUUAUUGUCUUUGUAUUUAUUUUAUUUUAUUCUAUUACAUACCUAA